GCUUCUCAGGAUUGGUGUCGAAAUGCAUUGGAAGUGUUGUUUUAUUGUUUGGGUUCUUUGUUGGUGUUCUACUACUUCUUUUCUGGUCUCAAAUUCAUCCACGGAUCCCCAAUAUCAGCAGUUGUCACAACAGCAACACGAAUUGGAGCAGUUAGUUAACCAGAUGAAAUAUGUUCUGCUGGCUACGAAAGACAGACUUGAAGUCUUGGAGAACUCUCAGACUGGUUUACCGACAAUGGAAAAGUAUAAUGAUACAGACAUGCGCAAUGAAUUAGAAAGUUUGAAAAAACACUAUACCGUGCUGCAAUCGGAAAAUCAGAAUUUGAAACAAGGUUUAAGUGAACUGCAACUUAAUUUUACCGACACAAAGCUUAAGAACAACGAAUUCGAAAGUUUGAAAAAACAACUUACUGUGCUUCAAUUGGAAAAUCAGAAUCUUAAAACAAGUUUAAAAGAUCUACAACAUAAUUUUACGGACACAAAAACCAAACUUGAGCAUUUGAAUAAUGUUUCGGUAGAAAACCAAAAUUUGAAAAUCAAUUUUAGCAUUUUGCAACAUCAAAGUAUUUCGCUUGAAAGGAACUUUGCAGACUUAAAACAUGAAUUAAAUCAGACAAAGAAAUAUUUAGGGCAUUUUGAAACCGACAUGAGAAACGAGAUGAGGCAAACAAAGAAUUCGAGUCAGAUGUGCAAUUCAAAAUGUUCAAAUGUUUUACAUUUAUUAAAUACACUUGAUACAAAAACUGGAAACCAAUUCAUGAACUUAACUGGAAGAAUUAUCAAUGCCGAGAAUAACUUUAGUUUUAUAAAUAGUAAAUUGAACCAGAUUGAACAACAGAGCGCUAGUUUAAAUAUCAAAGUUGCUGGAAAUGAUCAAAAACUUACUGCGCUCGAAAGUCGAAUGCAUUCCCAAAUUCAACAAAUUAACCAGAACUAUAGUACAAGUGUCAUCGCAAUUGAUCACGCCAUUGAUAACUUAGAAAGAAAAACCGACAGUGGAAUUACAAAUCUUACUGGUAGGACAGUUACUCUUGAACAAAAUUUGGGAACCAUAGACAAUAAAGUAACGCACGCAUUACAGAGUGUAACAUCGUCAACUGAGAAAGUUGGAUUUACCGCCUGUGCUAAUACAAGGACAGUAAAUGUAGGAUUAGGUAUACCAUUCGACGAUAUAAAAGAGUCUCAUGGAAUCCAUAACCUUGACCAACUCAAAACUAGGGGAGAAUUCGUAUGCGAGAAACCAGGGCUCUAUCUCAUAUCUGCACAUAUUAGUUCUCAGAACCCAGGAGCUGAUUUUAGCAUAAAAACAAAUAAAAUGGACGUAACGAGAGUUCAAGUUGUACCUUUAGCACCGCCCACAAAUACACAAGGAAACUUACAUACCGGAAGUGGAUUAGUCAUAGUGGAACUGGAUAAUUCCGACUAUGUGUGGAUUGAGCCGUAUUCUAAAAAUAUGAAAGUGUGGUAUUUUUUUUCGUGCUUAUCAAUUGUAAAGUUAAAGUGAUAAAUAUAUAAAAGUUGAAACACUUUUUUCGGAAAAAAACGGAUAAUCAUAUUUUCAUGUUCUGUAAUUAUUGCCCUUUAAAUUGAAGAUUGAUAGACGUUAAAGUUAUUUUCGAAAACAAUUCAGUAUAAAAAAAGAAAAGAUGUUUUUUAACUCUCGAAUAAAAAGACUUUGAGGCCGAAACUCAUAAGUUUUAAGUUGUUAUAAAAAAUUAUUAACAUUUUAUAAUUCUUUGUCCUUUAUGUUGUGGAAUUUUUUAUUGGUCAACACGAUAAUGCAAUAACUUGUCUCUCGGAGAGCAACGCGAUAUAUACCGUGAGUUUCGCACUAGUAUUUACCAAUAUAAAUCUGUCAUCGUAAUAUUUCAUUUGAACUAUGGUGGCUACAUGUCUCGAAGACACUCAUAUCUCAUUUUAUAAUUUUUACUUAGUAUGAUUAAUAGCACUUGGUUGUAGAUUUCGCCUUUUUAGGAAGGGAAGACCAUCUAACGCUUGUUAAUUAUACGAAUGAAUAGAUGCGACAGACGUCGAUUACUUCCGUUUACUAACACCAUUUCGCACCGAAAUUUCUUUUUGUUUUCAAAAAGGUUCGCUUACCUUUCUGUAC